UAUCCAGCCAUCCCUACAGGAAGUGUGUAUGUCCCUGGGGCAGGAGCUGUUUCUGACCCACAGGGUUUGUCUUUGCUGCAGGGACCAUGAAGAUAACUUCCUCCUGGCGCACGCUGUGCUGGCCAAACUCAAGGCAUUCAAGGGAUACGAGCCCAGCAUGGGAGAGGGCCCCGACAAAGCCCGCUCUCAGCUGCUGAUCGUGGACCGGCGCUUCGACCUGGUGUCCCCACUGCUGCACGAGCUCACCUACCAGGCCAUGGCCUACGACCUACUCAGCAUCGAGAACGACACCUACAAGCAGGGCCUGGCUGCCAGCAGCGGGCACCCCGCACUCCUCCUCAGGCGGGCUGGGGGGGGAUGUGACCCAGGCACCGGCACUGCUCCGCAGCCCCUACACUCGGGGGAGGGGUGCCGCAGCCUGACUCCCUCUCCCCUCCCCUGCAGGUAUGAGACGACGGGCAUCAGCGACUCGCGGGAGAAGGAGGUGCUGCUGGACGAAGACGAUGAACUCUGGGUGCAGCUAUGCCACAUGCACAUCGCUGACGUCUCCAAGAAGGUGACGGAGCUGCUGCGCACCUUCUGUGAGAGCAAGAGGCUGACCACGGACAAGGCCAACAUCAAGGACCUGUCUCAGAUCCUGAAGAAGAUGCCCGAGUACCAGAAAGAGCUGAACAAGUACUCCACGCACCUGAACCUGGCCGAGCACUGCAUGCGGCACUUCAAAGGGAUGGUGGAGAAGCUGUGCAGCGUGGAGAAGGACCUGGCCAUGGGGACGGACGUGGAUGGGGAGAUGAUCAGGGACCCCAUGAAGAUCAUCCUGCCCGUCCUGCUGGACCUCAGCACGCAGGCCUAUGACAAGAUCCGCAUCAUCCUGCUCUACAUCUUCCUGAAGAACGGUGUGAGCAAGGAGAACCUCACCAAGCUGAUCCAGCAUGCCAACAUCCAGCAGCAGGGCAACAUCAUCAACAACAUGCAGUUCCUGGGCACCUCCCUCAUGCCUGAGGUAAGGGACUGGGGCCAGGAGCCAGCAGCUGUACUCAUGCCAGUGGGCAGAUCUGUGCUGCACAGGAAAGCCCAGGCCAUCCUGGGGAUGCCCCUAUGGCAAUCACCUACUCCCAGCACAGAGGUGACCUCUGCCCCUGUACAGUGGGGUGACGCCCUCCCCAUAUGAGGGUGACCCCAGGGCCGGUGCUACCAUUAAG